GUCCCAAGUCCCAACUCCCCCAAAGAAAUUUCUGUCUUUAAAAUGGCAUCGCAACAAACAAAGUUUGGACUAUUCCCAAGUCAUAAUAUCCCUCAAAAAUAUACUUUGCUUAUUUACUUUUUGAGAUAAAAGAAAAAAAAAAAAGAAGACAAGAAACAAACAAUGUCGGGAGGUAUAGCUCGUGGUCGUCUUGCUGAGGAACGCAAAGCUUGGCGCAAAAAUCACCCUCAUGGGUUUGUGGCUAAACCGGAGACACUUGUGGAUGGGUCAGUGAACUUGAUGGUAUGGCACUGUUCAAUUCCUGGUAAAACUGGGACGGAUUGGGAAGGUGGUUAUUAUCCCGUUACGAUCCACUUCAGUGAAGAUUAUCCUAGCAAACCACCAAAGUGCAAAUUCCCGCAAGGCUUCUUCCAUCCGAAUGUGUAUCCAUCAGGAACAGUUUGCUUGUCGAUCCUCAAUGAAGACAGUGGUUGGAGACCAGCCAUUACAGUGAAACAGAUACUGGUCGGUAUCCAAGACUUGUUAGAUCAGCCAAACCCCGCUGAUCCUGCCCAAACUGAAGGAUAUCAUCUCUUUAUUCAGGAUGCUAUUGAGUACAAGAAGCGGGUUAGACUGCAGGCCAAGCAAUAUCCACCUCUGGUGUAGUCUAAAUAAUGUUCGUAUAAUCAUGUGUGUGUUUUCUAUUGCAAACUUCAAAGUAAGCUGUUCAUAGCCUGCUGAUUAGCUGACAAUCUUCUGGCAAAUGAUGCUGAUUGGUUUUUGUUGCAGUGGCGAAGUAAAUCCUUAUAGGUGGAAUUUAUACCUUAUAUGUGUAUUAACAUGUGAAGCCAGAAUUGUUUCGGACGAUGGAAACAUAUGUUAAAAUUGUUAAUUUCUUAUGUGCAAUCAGAGUUCAUCUACUAUACGUAAUAUAAUAUUCUUCUCCAUUAAUCUCAGUA